CUGUCCGAAGGCUCUCUCUCUCUCUGAACCUUGGCCAGUUUCGGCCACAAACUACCAGAACUCAAUCUUAGAGUUGCCAGUUGCCCGGUGAGCUGUCAGUUACGCACGACUGCUGACGUGUCAGUCAAAGGUUCCCGUCCUUCUGAGCAGGGAAGAACCACUCACCCAGUUUAGCUGCAUUUGCGGAAACUAAAUAAAGAAGCAUUUAUUUGUAUUUACAAUAUACGAGAAUCGGAAGUUGUAGCUUAGCGGCAGUUUGGAGAUGUUGGAGAGCGGCAGCGUCGCUUGCUGCACUUGGCUGGGGUCUGGCGGCCAGUCCUGACUUCAGACCGCGACGGAGACAAGGGGCCGUGUCCCGUGUCCCUGACCCCGAGAUCGGAGUUCGAACCGUAGAGGAGGUAGAGUGCCGGCCCCUGGCUCGAGAGCGACCAUUUGCCGGUCUCAGAGUUCGAGUUCGAGCAGCAUUGUUCUGCAAGGGAAAGCCGAGCAAGGCCAGCGGAAGCAGCGAUGGCGUCGUCCGCGCGUGUGCGAGCGCUGCUUUGGGUCGCUGUCAUGCUUCCUGUUCUGUGCGCAGCAUUCUCCGAGGAAAAACCUACCGAUCAACGGGUUCUGGUCUUGCUGGACGAUCUGGCACUCAAGUCUUCUCACUCGAUCUUUUUCAAAUCGCUCACAAGUCGGGGAUACGAAUUGGACUUUAAAUUAGCAGAUGAUUCGAAGUUGGCUCUGCAAAGAUACGGAGAAUACUUGUAUGACGCGCUCAUCCUUUUUGCUCCGUCUGUAGAAGGUCAACUGGGAGGCAACUUGGAUGUAGCUGCGAUUUUGGACUUCGUGGACUCUGGCCAUGACCUGAUCCUGGCUGCAGAUGCCCACACUUCUGAUGUCAUAAGAGACAUCGCAACAGAAUGUGGUGUUGACUUUGAUGAGGAUACGGAGGCUGUGGUUGUCGAUCACAUAAAUUUUGCUGUGCAGAGUGAAAGCGAUCACUCUCUUAUCGUCGGUGACAAGUUGAUCGAUGCCGACGUCAUUUUGGGGAAGGAUGGUAUCAAGGGUCCUGUCCUCUUCCGUGGUAUCGCUCACUCUGUUAAUGCUGCCAGCGACCUUGUUGUCACAGUUUUGUCAGCAUCGCCUUCUGCCUUCUCUGCCACCCCGAAUGCUGUGAUGACAGCUCCCCCAGCUCUCACCGGCACUUCCAUAUCACUUGUCUCUGUUGUUCAGGCUAGGAAUAAUGCUCGUAUUUUAAUUUCGGGCUCGCUGGACUUAUUCAGCGACAAGUUUUUUAAAUCCCCCGUACAGAAAUUCGGCAGUUCUUCGAAGUCUGCUUCUGGAAAUGAGCAGUUGGCGCUGGAGUUGAGCAAGUGGACUUUCCAUGAACGCGGACAUUUGAAGGCUGUGAAUGUUCAUCACCAAAAGGUUGGAGAGAAAGAUGAACCAGCGAUGUACAGAAUUACUGACCAGUUGGAGUAUUCUGUGGAAAUUCACGAAUGGACUGGGAAAGAAUGGAGGCCGUAUCAAGCUGAUGAUGUUCAAGUUCAGUUUUACAUGAUGAGUCCCUAUGUCUUGAAGACAAUGGACCACAACGGAAAGGGUCUGUACCACACAUCCUUCCAAGUGCCAGAUGUGUAUGGUGUUUUUCAGUUCAAGGUGGAAUACAAGAAGCUUGGCUACACAAGCCUUACCUUAAGCAAGCAGAUUCCUGUUAGGCCUUUCCGCCACAACGAGUACGAAAGGUUCAUCAAAGCAGCCUACCCGUAUUACGGGGGAGCGUUCUCCAUGAUGACUGGCUUCUUCGUAUUUGGGAUUGUUUUUCUCUAUCACAAAUGAGCCAGCUCAACAAGACGUCAAGACUCCACCUUUUUGUCCUGCGGCUUUUUUGGCAGUCUUCUUAGUGUACGGAAUCCUGACAGUUGAAGACGGGCUGAAGAGAGUAUGGGGGCUCAUAGCCUUCAUGCGAUCAACCUGCUGCGAUAUCCUCUCAAGAACCGUUGAGACCCUAGAGUUGACACUAGAGCAUCGAGGUGAGCGUGUCGACAGAAGGAGAUAUUACCCGUUUGAUCGAGGUUAAUACAGCGAACUGCACAUCGGAAGUAGUCAGGAACUAAAGUGAGUUUGUUAACCAAUCUUUCUAAUACAUUAUGUACGUAUGGUCCAUUGCCCAUCAAUCAAUCCAAAAGCAAUUUUUUGCUUUCUGUGCUUUGAGAUUAUUCGAGUUUAUUUUAUGAACACCC